AUGCUCAGUACAAUCACGCAAGCACUGGGAUGGGGCGGCUCAGGCGCGUCGCCGUCUAUCGUGGCAGAAGCAGACACGACCAGCGUCGCAUUCCCCGCCGUCAACUCGCACCAACGAGCGAAGCCCGCUCCUUCAGAUCCGCCCGCAUCCUCGGCACCCUCCUUCUCCCUCUCCCCGCCCGGCUCCCUCCCCUCCGACUCGUCCGACGACCGACCAGAUGAUGCAGAUACGAACGUAGAAGACGACGAGCCAGCGUUACCGUCCAUCCGAGUCGACGGGUCUGGUGCCGCGAGCGCAGGGUCGACGCUCGCGCCGCCUACGACGACGAAGAAGGUGGUGAAGGCGCCGCGAGGGCGGGUACGGGUGGAGAAGGGGUUCAGUCAGCUGGACUGGGCGAAGCUGAAUCGGAGCGGAGAGGUGGACUUGCGGGGCGGCGUCACCACACUCAUGCGCAUCACGCCCUCAGAACUCGCCAAGCACAAUACCCGAGAAGACUGCUGGCAGGUCUACAACGGCAAGGUCUACAACGUCGGGCCGUUCUUGCGGUAUCAUCCGGGCGGAGCAGGGGAGAUGAUGCGGGCGGCAGGAAAGGACGUGCUCGCUCACGCAUGGGUCAACUACGAGACACUCCUGGAGAAUUGUCUCGUAGGCUUCCUCGUACCGGAGUAA